GCUUUGCAACCUCUCACUGGUCGGCGGACCGGCGUAAGAUACGGGGGGAGGAAAUGCCCCUCCAUAAAUACACCCCCUCCAUUGGCCGAUUUACUUGAUCUUUUCAUGUCAUAAUCGUUUUCCCCUCCAUCGAUUCCCCAACUCACAUAUUAUUUAUUUCUUCCUCUUCCCUCCCCCAUUUCUCUUCCUCUUCUCUUCUCUCUCAUUCCCUUUCUCCCCUCAUCUGUCCCCUUCGACCUGUUCAAGAGACGGUGACUGUCUCUUGUGUCUUGAUCUCUCUUCUCUUCACUUUUUUCUUUUGACAAGGACUCCUCUUGUCCUCUUCUCUACCUCCCUCAUACUUUUUUCUCCCUUAGUCCGUGCUCCCAUAUAUCUAUCAAGAUGGUUCAAUCCUCCGUCUUGGGUUUCCCUCGUAUGGGAAAGCUUCGUGACCUCAAGAAGGCCACUGAGGCGUACUGGGGUGACAAGAUCUCUCGUGAUGAGCUCUUGAAGGAGGGAAAGAGACUCCGUCUAGAGCACUGGAAGAUCCAGAAGGAUGCCGGUGUCGACAUCAUCCCCAGCAAUGACUUUGCUUUCUACGAUCAGGUCCUUGAUCACAUCCAGAUGUUCGGUGUCAUCCCCGAGAGAUACAGCAAGUACAACCUGCACCCCGUUGACGAGUACUUCGCCAUGGGCCGUGGUCUCCAGAAGCCUGCCAAGGAUGGCCAGGCCGCCAUUGAUGUCCCUAGUUUGGAAAUGGUCAAGUGGUUUGACUCCAACUACCACUACGUCAAACCUACCCUCCAAGACAACCAGACCUUCAAGCUAGCUGAACAGCCCAAGCCUGUUGUUCAGUUCCUUGAGGCCAAGGAGGCCGGCGUUAUCACUCGUCCCGUCAUCCUGGGACCUGUUUCGUUCUUGACCCUUGCCAAGGCUGACCGUGGUCAGACCGUGGACCCCAUCUCCAAGAUUGACGAGCUCCUCCCUGUCUACGUUGAGCUCCUCCAGAAGUUGAAGGAGGCUGGUGUUGAGGAUGUUCAGAUUGACGAGCCCGUCCUCGUCUUUGACCUCCCCGCCAAGUCCAAGGCUGCCUUCAAGCCCGCCUACGAGAAGCUGGGUGCUCUCGGUGGCAAGGCCCCUCGUAUUGUCCUCGCCACCUACUUCGGUGACAUUGUUCACAACAUUGAUGUUCUUCCUGCCCUUCACAACCUCUACGGUAUUCACGUCGACCUUGUCCGCAAUCCUGAGCAACUCGACACCGUCGUUGGCGCCCUAGGCCCCAAGCAGAUCCUCUCUGCUGGUGUUGUUGACGGUCGUAAUAUCUGGAAGACCAACUUCAAGGCCGCCAUCGAGAAGGUUGAACUGGCUAUCCAGAAGCUUGGCAAGGACCGUGUUAUCGUUGCCACUUCCAGCUCCCUCCUCCACGUUCCCCACACCCUCGAGAGCGAGAAGAACCUUGACGCCGAAGUGCGUGAUUGGUUCAGCUUCGCUGUCGAGAAGACCAGCGAAGUCGUUGUCAUUGCCAAGGCUGUCACCGAGGGCCCUGCUGCCGUCCGCGAGCAGCUCGAGGCCAACGCCAAGUCUGUCCAGAGCCGGGCCUCGUCCAGCCGCACCAAUGACCCCAAGGUCAAGGAGCGCCAGGCUGCCGUCACCGAGGAGAUGCACAACCGCAAGUCUGCUUUCCCCGUCCGUCUUGCUGAGCAGACCAAGACCAUCAACCUUCCUCUCUUCCCCACUACCACCAUCGGAUCCUUCCCUCAGACCAAGGAGAUCCGUAUCCAGCGUAACAAGUUCACCAAGGGUGAAAUCACUGCUGAGCAGUACGAGAAGUUCAUCGAGAAGGAGAUCGAGGAUGUUGUCAAGAUCCAGGAGGAGCUCGACUUGGAUGUCUUCGUCCACGGUGAGCCUGAGCGUAACGACAUGGUCCAGUACUUCGGUGAGCGUCUCACUGGUUACGUUUUUACCACCCACGCCUGGGUCCAGAGUUACGGAUCUCGUUGCGUGCGUCCCCCGAUCGUUGUCGGCGACAUCUCUCGUCCUGCCGCUAUGACUGUCAAGGAGUCCAAGUAUGCCGUUUCGAUCUCCAAGAAACCCAUGAAGGGUAUGCUCACUGGUCCCAUCACCUGCCUCCGGUGGUCUUUCCCUCGUGACGAUGUCCACCAGUCCGUCCAGGCCCAGCAACUGGCUCUUGCCCUCCGUGACGAGGUCAUCGACCUCGAGGCUGCUGGCAUCAAGGUCAUCCAGGUCGAUGAGCCUGCCCUCCGUGAGGGUCUUCCUCUCCGUUCCGGCAAGGAGCGUGAGGACUACCUCAAGUGGGCUGUCCGCUCCUUCCGCCUGGCCACUACCGGUGUCAGCGAUGGCACUCAGAUCCACUCUCACUUCUGCUACUCUGAGUUCCAGGACUUCUUCCACGCCAUUGCUGCGCUGGAUGCUGAUGUUCUGAGCAUUGAGAACAGCAAGUCUGAUGCCAAGUUGCUCAAGGUCUUCAUUGACGAGGCCUACCCCCGUCACAUCGGACCCGGUGUGUACGACAUCCACUCCCCUCGUGUUCCUAGCGAGCAGGAGAUCAAGGACCGUGUCGAGGAGAUGCUCCAGUACCUCCGUCCUGACCAGCUCUGGAUCAACCCUGACUGCGGUCUGAAGACCCGUCAGUGGCCCGAGACUAAGGCUGCUCUGAGCAACAUGGUCAACGCAGCCAAGUACUUCCGCGAGAAGUACGCCAAAUAAAUGGUUUACCAUAAUUAAUAACAACCCAUGAAGGGGCGGCAUUCUCAACCUGUCGCUUCGGGAGAGACGAAUACGUUUCGUUUAAUGAUGAGUUACGAUGAUGAUACCAAAAGUUCAACAUAUGGGUUCAGGAUUCUUAGAGAUAUCCCGGGGGUCAACGGAGUUUUCAACAUUCACGAUUUCAACAUCGGCGCAAAGCCAAACAUGGACAUGAUUGCAAGUUCAGCGUUCCCUGAUGUCGGGGAUAUAGUUGUUUCUUUUUCUAAUUUUCCCCGUGUUUUCUUCUCUGAGAGAGGAGGCACGGGUGAGAUUGUCUUGUGGGAUUUCGCCGAUGAUUUUUCCAAAUAUUUCAACAAUUGUGUAUAAUCAUACAUACAUGGGUGGUCACCACCUUUCAAAUUUAAUACAAGACGGUGUUCCAACCGAACUUGAUUUCACAUUA